UCAGUCUUGAGUUGAGUUUGUUGUAGUAAAGCUCUCAUAGUGUUAAUAACUACAAAUAUUUUAAAAAUUGUUUGGAACUAAACCAGUGGGUGAAAAACUUUAGUUUUGAAACUGGAACAUAAAUAUGGUGAAAAGCGAAACAGUGUUAAUUCUACCUAAGAUGGCUCGUACUCCCUUGAAGUCAUCAUUCUCCAUUAGCUCUAUUCUCCCGGAAACUGCGAUGGACGUGCCAAAAUGUCCUGAAGAUUCAUCGAGUUCUAUCCAGGUCUUAGAACCAGAAAUGAGUGACUCUGAUUGUGAUUUGGAUGUUACCGGAGACGAUGAUAUACCCCCUUUAGACUGUACCAAAUCGUCGGAGGAUAGAAAAACUGAGGAGGAUAAAAAAUCUAAGGAGAAACCAACAUAUAGCUACAACUCUCUUAUUAUGAUGGCUAUACGAAAUAGUCCUGAGAAACGAUUAACUCUGAAUGGUAUUUAUGAAUAUAUCAUGCGCAAUUUUCCGUACUAUAGGGAAAACAAACAAGGAUGGCAAAAUUCAAUCCGGCAUAACCUCAGUUUGAAUAAAUGUUUUGUGAAAGUUCCUCGUCACUACGAUGAUCCCGGCAAAGGAAAUUAUUGGAUGGUGGAUCCAUCCGCUGAAGAUGUUUUUAUUGGCGGGACAACUGGUAAGCUUCGCCGUCGCUCUACAGCUGCUUCCAGGUCACGCUUAGCUGCAUUUAAACGUACCUUGUCAAUGUAUUCACCGAUGCAACCAAUGUAUCCAGCAUUUUAUCCUCCAUCUCAGGCGAUUUUAGCGGCGGCUUACCAAAGGUAUAAUCCUUAUAUGAAUCCUGGAAUGCCCGCUGUGUUGAGACCGUCUCCAGUCCAGGCACAGCCUCCUCCGUCUUUCAAUAUUGAGAGAUUGUUGGCGACAGCUCCUGGUAUGGAUCUUGGUGCACCUUUCUUCAGACAACCAAUGGACUUAUACAGUAACUUCAGAUUACAUCAUCCUCAUCCUAUGAUGACACAUCAGGUACCGUUGUCACCUUCGAGUACUUCUAGUUCACCAGAACCUCUUACAAACCCCGAUAUCGUAUAUAAACCAGUUGCGGUAUUAUCAAGGCAUCAAAGCUGACUUUUCAAAUCCUAGUAGAUAACUUUCAAUAAUUUAUUUGUACAUAAAUCCCUGUAAAUAAUAGGUAGACCAAGUUCUUUUAUGUUUGAAUCUUUGUGAAAUAUUUGAUCUCAUUCGAAAAGAUCCGAAAAUCCCAAUAAGCUUUAAAUAAUUUUUAACUGCCUAUGGUUAAUAUUUCUCCCAAUUCUGUGUAUUGUGAAUAGUGUAUAUAUUAUAUUCGUGAAUAUUGUGAUGUUAGAAUUAAGAGAAUAAUUGUUCAGUACUGAAAUAGUUAAUAUAUAUUUGAAAAAUAAAUCGUAGGAUUUUAAAUUCG